AAAAACAAUUAUAUAACCUUCAAUAUAAAGCGACUCCCUUGUACAUUAAUUUUAGUCUUCUACGUUUAUCACUCUCCCCCCAAAGAAUCCCCUUCUUUUUUGGCCAAAACUCGGUGCUCAAUAUCUAGCUAACCAAACCCAGAAACUUAGAUUUUGAUCACAGUUUGAAGGGUUUAGCUAGAUGGGGUCUUUGGAAAGAUCAAAGAAGAAAGUUCAAUUAUGGAAGAAAGCUAUAGUUCAUUUUGGUUUAUGUUUUGUUAUGGGCUUUUUUACAGGUUUCGCUCCAGGGGGCAAGGCUUCAAUUUUUUCUAGUCAUGUUGUUGCAUCAAAUAAAUCGCAACCUGUUGAAAUGUUGCACCAGCAGGUAUCAAGUACACCACAUGCUAGUAAUGUUAACAGAAGUUUGAUAGCUGAAAGUCCUGUGCCAACUCCAUUAAGCUCCAAGGAAUCUGAACCUGCAAAAUUCUUGGAAAAAGAAGAAGAACCAGAACCCAAGUUACUACCAAGAAGACUGGCAAUUAUCGUUACGCCUAUUAGUACUGAAGAUCCGUACCAAGGGGUGUUUUUGAGGAGGUUAGCUAAUACAAUCAGGCUGGUUCAGCCACCAUUAUUGUGGAUUGUUGUGGAAGGGCAAUCAGAUUCAGAUGAAGUAUCGGAGAUACUUAGAAAAACAGGCAUCAUGUAUAGGCAUUUGGUCAUCAAGGAGAAUUUUACAGAUCCUGAAGCAGAGCUGGAUCAUCAAAGGAAUGUUGCUUUAAGGCACAUUGAGCAACACAGGCUGAGUGGAAUUGUUCAUUUUGCCGGGCUUUCCAAUGUUUAUGAUCUUGGCUUCUUUGACGAGCUUAGACAAAUUGAGGUGUUUGGGACAUGGCCAGUGGCUCUACUUUCAGCAAACAAAAACAAAGUGACAAUUGAAGGACCCGUAUGUGAUUCCUCGCAGGUUAUUGGGUGGCAUCUGAAGAAAAUGAACAACGAAACGGAUAAAAGGCCUCCAAUCCAUAUUUCAAGUUUUGGAUUCAACAGUUCGAUCCUUUGGGAUCCUGAGAGAUGGGGUCGCCCUUCAUCAGUCCAACAAACCUCACAGAAUUCAAUCAAAUUUGUCAAACAAGCAGCUCUUGAAGAUGAAACAGAGUUGAAGGGAAUCCCACCAGAGGACUGCUCAAAAAUCAUGCUUUGGCGUCUUAAUCUUCCCGUUUCAAAAUCACCAAGCUACCAUCUUUCAACCACCGGAUCCACGGAUGCUAGCCGGAGAAAAAUAUGAGCGUAAUCUACAAGAUAAAAGUGUGUAAAGAGAUUCACAGAUAUUGAUCCUGUGAUGAGCAGUUUACAAUUCCUUUUCUUUUCUGAGUAAUUUUUUAUAAAUCCUCAAUUUUCUA